UUGGUCCUCCUGGCACCUAGCCCCCAUCCUUAGGUUCUGUCUAGAAGUCACCUCACUGAUGCAACAAAAGACACCUUUAUCACUCACUACUUGACAAUCUGAGGGUUUUAGGAGCUCUGGUGCCAGAAAUGAGCAUGAAGACCAAAUAAUACAUUUCUUAUUAUAAGUUACACUGUCACAGGUGUUUGUCCUUUUCAUCCAAAUGGUCGAGUAUAUUAGCAUACAGUUAAUAGUAUCUCAUUUUUAAAAUUUUUUAAAUUUAUUUUACUUACUUCUUGAAGGGGGAGGUAAUUAGGUUUACUUGAGGUACUGGGGAUUGAACCCAGGACCUGUGCACACUAAGCAUGUGCUCUGCCACUGAGCUGUAUCCUCCCCCCUGGUAUCACAUUUUUUUAAUAUAAGGUUGGUAAUAAUGCCCUUAUUCCUAGAUUGUAGUCAUUUUGAGCCUUUUUUCUUGAUAAGUCUAGCUAAAAGCUUAUCAAUUCUGUUGAUCUUUUCAAAGACCCAUCUUGUGGUUUUGUUCAUUUUCUCUAUUUUUGUAUUCUCGUGGCUAAAGUUUGGCAGCAGAGGAUACAGUAUGGAAAGAGGAAAAAGGUGAUGCAUAGGCAAAGUCCACAGAAGUCAGUGCGGGCUUCCAGGUCCUGCUCCCGGAGAGCCGCUUCAUGCUUCCUCUGCAGCUGGACGCGGCAGGCUCACGUGGUCUCUGGAGGCGUUGAUAUACACAGUAACAAAUUCUUGAAGAUCCCAAAGAACGUUUGUUUAUGUAGGUUAUAUCGGUAUUUCCUUCAUUAGAAACCAAAGCUGAGACACUUGUAAAAAAUCAUUUCAUUGAAAAGUAACAAAAAGUUCUUACAUAUUAAUGUAAAUGUUGUCCAAAACAGUAGAAAACCAUAGUAAAAAGAGUGGUAUUGUUUUGUGUUUUUGCAAAGCUCUUUAGUAUCUUUCUUAGUAGGAAAUAGUUGGAUUCUCCUAUCUGCUUCUGCAUGUAAUGUUUUGCUACUUGUUAUUUUAGUUAGAAGUUGUUGAAGGGUGUUUCUUGGAUGACAGAAAUUCAUUUCUGGUAGGUCACUGCUGCAUUAUGCCCCUAAACAUUCACUGCCACAGUUCCUACCCGCUUUUACGUUUUCCUUCUACGUGCUCAUGUCAUUGGGCAAAGUGUCGUGGCUUGGGUGGCUUAGAGCCUGGGGCUGGUCAGUGUACAGCAGUGGUUGCCAUUCUUUCUCAUCCUGCAAAACUUGAAUGGCUCCCCUGUGGUUGUUAGGGAAGGAAGACAGCGCUGAUCAUGGGGGUAGGGGGCGCACAGAGACCAUUCAGCUAGUUCACCCCGGAUGCUUGCCACCAUCUGCACCAGAAGAUGCUGCUGGCCGAUGGAAGAUCUGAAUCGAAGGACAGUUGAGGGAACAGCUGCUGACUUUGGGAGUGGAUGUCCUUGGAGCUGUGUCCUUGGGCUGAGGCCUGAAUACUUCAUCCCAUUAGUCAUGAUUCCUCAUGGUUUCCUGAUUAAGGGAAAGCAGAACCCUCUUGGAUGUGUUUUCUAGACUAUAGUUACGGCUCUGAAUUUAACUGCCUGCUGGAUCUGUCAUGCUUUACCUAAACUUGCUGACAAGAAGGGAGAUUCUGUCCUAUGCCUCUUCUGGUACCUGAAGUCUUGAAUCAUUCCUCAACCUUCAGUUUUAUAAAAUCUGAAUCUGAACCCCAUGACAGUUAAAAAUGCCGCUGUUGAGGUUCUUGGAAUCCUGUCAGCAGAACCUGGGGCUACCGCAGUAAGCACUGUAGUGUGCCUGUAACGACGGGGGUGAUUAGCAGGGAGUAACAGGUUUUACAGGUUUUCUUCAGCGGCAUUGCAGCCUGCUUUAGGGGAACCGUUCAGUUCUAUUCAAGGAGUCUCUCUACCUCAAGAGGCAUAGAAUUGGCUCACUCCUAUUGUGGUAAGUGGUACUUCUCUCCUUAUGCAGUUUGUGUCUCCACAGAACGUUGCAGCUCAUGUAGCUGAUACUUGCCUAGCAAACAUUAAUCACGUGCACUUGGAGGCAGUUGGCAGGGAUUUCGAGGUACUGGAGACCACUGCCCCUCUAAAGGGUCGGGUUUCCCUGAGGCGCUGAAAUGAGUUCCUAGACAAAACACCAAAGUAGGGUAACUGCCUGCUGCCUGUGUGCUCUGUGGUCUCUCAUUCCAACUUUAGGGAAUACUACAACGAGAAAAGGUGGUCUGAAACUUGUCUGACCUCUGCUGUGAAGACACAGCAAACUAAGUGUAAACUUUCGAGCCCCAACGAUGGUCCCGUUGCCGCUCUGAACUUCCUGCUGCCCAGUCGUGAUGGGUGUAUAUGUGGUUGCCAGCACCCCGAGGUGUACCUGGAUUAACCAGUCAGAAGGGGUAGAGCAAUUCAUUCCCACUUCCCCGCUCUCCCAGGGAGAACGCCACGUGGCUCUGAGAGCUGUGAACCUCGAUGGCAUGUGGGACAUAAUGGAGAGCCUGGCUCUGGCCUGGUCACUGUUACCCAGUGUUACCUAAGAGGAAGUGUAAUCAUUAGGGUAUCUGACUGCGGUGGCCUGUGCUUCUGAGUCAGCUUUGGAGCUGGAUACAUGAAAGACUGGGGGGCAGAGAUGUGGGUGAACAGCUUCUCCAUGGGACUCUGAUGACCUUUCUCUUCUUACAGGGCCUUCAUCUCACUCUGACCCACACCUUGGCAGGGCGCCCCUACAAAGAAGACAUUCAUCAUUCCUGUGCAGAGAAGGAAAUUCUGAAAUUCAGCCAUAGUUGGAGUUUGUCAGAUUUCUGACAUUCAAAAUAACUGGCUUUUAAGACUCUGAUACUGCAUCAAAUCGACGAUGAACUGGAAUGCAAAACCAGAGAGUGUCGCCUUACCACCACAGUAUCCUAAAAAACAGGCAUCUUUUUUGGAGCAGGCUUUAGUUAACACACUUAGCAUGACGUCUCAAAGUUCUUUAAACCAUCCUGGAAGUAACCAAGAAGGAUGCCCAUUUCUCAGUAAUUCAAAUCCAGUUUCACAGCCACUGCUCAACAUCAGAAAUUAUAAAUCUCAACAAAUGCCUAUUUCUGAUAUGCAUGGUGGGACAAUUGUGACCUCACAGACGUCCGUGGAGAGAAUAAUACAUGCCAAUGUUAAAGGACCCAAACAACGAAGUCAUGAUUUGCACAUGCCUUCAGGAGUUACACAGGAUGUGUGGCUGAACUCGCCGAUGAGGAAUUCUAUGCUUUCUCAUACAGGGGCAACUGUAUCUCAUCAAACUGGUUUCGGAACGAACAUGCCCAAUGUACAUGCACUACAGAAUCAAUUUAUAACAUCAGAUACCUAUUCUAUGCAAAUACAUAUGAUCCCUUCUAAUUCUGGAAGAGUUCCUGUAACUUAUCAAGGAAACCCAAGACUUAACCCACCUUUACCAGAGCAGCAGGUUGACUGGUCACAGCAGUGUGCGUCCAGUGGACUGCCUUACCCAGAUUACAGGCCACUUCCAAAGCAAUACAGCUAUUCACCACGAAGCUUUUUGCAAGAUCCUCCUUUUCAGGAACAAAACCCUAUGUCAUCUGUAUCACUACAAGUUAAAAAAAGUCACCCUCCAAAUCCUGCACUGACUUUACAGUCAAAGCAGACUGCAACCGUACCGUCCUACCAAUACGCAGUUACUCAAACUGACAAAAGGCCACCCCCCCCUCCUUACGACUGUCGGUAUGCAAGCCGUCCUCUGCAGAGGACUCAGCACGUUGUUAAAGUCCCUUCUAUGGAAGUUCCUCACAGUCAAGACGUGCACUUACCUGAAAUGAGGAAAGAAUUUUUUAAAGGUUUUCAACAGCAAUGGCAAAACGUUAACGAAAGUUUCAGCAUGAUGGGAAAUCCCUGUAACUUGAGAGGAAAUAGCAACGUCAGUCAGCCUUUUGAUGAACCUGUCAGAUCGUCUGUGGAUGGUGUUCAGGCUCUUGCUCAAAGUAAUCAAGAGGAAAGAAUGGAUUCCCGAAAUCUGACUUCAAAUCAAGUACUUGACACAAGUGCCACAAAAGAAAAGUUAGUGAGGGAUAUUAAAACAUUGGUAGAAAUAAAAAAGAAGUUUUCAGACCUUGCAAGGAAAAUUAAAAUUAAUAAAAAUCUUUUGAUGGCAGCAGGCUGUAUUAAAACAACGAAUACCCCUUACGGUGAAUCGGCUCAAAAUUCUGAGUUGUCUCUGAAACAAACUGUCAAAAUCCAGCCUGGGCCACAGGUAACCCUGGUCACUCCACAGACUGCAGAGAAUAAACCACCAACAGUAAUGGGAUCUGCAGAAGAAACAAAUAGAAUACAUAGUACAUUGAAUUCCACCCUUCAGGACAGAAAUUUUAACCAAGUCAGUUCUGUUUUACUAAAUUCUGCCUGUUCGGAAAAAUUGCCAAUACCAGAAGGGUUACAUGAUUUGAAAGUUGUGAGUUCUUUAAAGACAUCAGCUGUUGAGAUUACCCAGGCAACACUAAAUAACACCCAAUUUUCAUCAGGAAAUUUUGUCAACGUUGCACAAAAUGGGCCAACAAAUUCUGAAACAGCUUCUCUUCCUCAGUCUACGUCCUUUGAGGAAUAUGCUUCAAAAUAUCCAAAUAAAAAUAGGCUAAUUCUCAGUUUACUCGCACCUGGAGAUAAAACUCUGAAGACAUUAUUAAAAGAUACUAAUGAAACUAUUCAAGAUUCAAAGCUGCAUAGUUUUGAAAUAAAUCCAAAUGCCCAAAACACUGGUGACCAACUGAAUUUGAAAACCAUGGAAACUCCAAGUACAUGUAAUAUAAAUGCCAAGAUUUCAGACAGUUCUUCUUGCUUUCAGCUUAAAUCCUUAAAUGAACUGUCUUCUAAAAGUGACCAACACUUUUCAACGGAAUUGCUAGCAACAUGUCUUUCUUUGUGGAAAAAGCAACCUUCAGAACUUACAGAAGGAAAACCAUGUAAUGAGUCAAAAGCAAACAGAACUGCAGUUGGACUUUCAAAGCCUGUGGAAACCUGCGAGAAGAGUCCACUUCCAGCUGUUGGAAAUUGUCAGAAUAAGAUUGUAAACAGCUCACAAGAAACAAUUCUGUCGAUGGUGGCACAGAAUUAUGAGUCUUCAGGUGCAACGACUACAAAGGGAAUUGCUGUAGUGUCGCCCUUAAUUCUUUCAGAUGUCAAAACACUGUCUGUCAGAGGUGCAACUCCUGAAGUCUUACCUGAAGCAGUGUAUCCAGUUAUUGAAGAAGGCAGUGUCUGUAGCUUACAGAAUAAAUUGGUAGAAGAUACUGCUUCGAAGAUUACUGUUAAUGAGCCAGUAACAAGUACUACAAGCAGCAAGGUUUUCCCACUGAUUCAGAAGGAAAAGCAUGAGCCAAUGAAUGCUAAUUCAGAAGGCACACCUCAUGCCAGUCAAGGGAAGCAGAACAGAUCAGAGCCAGCUACCCAGUAUCCUGUGAGGGAUCAGCAAGCUUCGUGUAUAUCAAAGGACAGCGACGCUGUGAGCAGCGAUGUAUUACAGAUUGGCGAUAUUUGUUCUCUUGUUGAAGGCGAUACCUCUUACAAUUCCCAAAUAGCAAAGAUAUUCAAUUUGUCCCCUUUAAACAAAGUUGAGCCACAGAAGCCCUCUCUGCCCAACCCCCAAGGGACAAAUAGUAGCCAACAAAAUGAACAGUUGGAUAACAUCACUGAAAAUAAAGACUUUGGUUUUCAGGAUAUUGUGCCGUGCACAGAUGUGUCACGUAAAAUAACUGACCAGUCACAGUCACUGCAACCUUCAGAAUCGUCAUCUUUGAAGUACGUUGAAGCAAAGAGUGGCAUUCUGGAGGAAAGCAGUUUGGAGCAUGUCACUAAAAAUGAAGGCAUGGCUGACGAUACGUGUUCAUCGGCUGCUGUUCAGCAGGACAGUUGCCCUCAGGAAGGUGAUGUGUCCUCCACUUACACGGACCAGGAUCCUACAAGAAACGAGAUUCUCAGUGACAAGACACCCAUCUUAUACCUGCACGAUCAGCUGUCAGAACUUUUGAAAGAGUUUCCCUACGGUAUUGAACCUGUGAACUUGCAUGAAGGUUCUGUUGUCCAGCAAACGACAGACCAGAUCUCAAAAGCUCAAGCUUGUGACAAAACCGGUUGUAACUCCAAAGACUCCACAGACCAAAUCCAAAUUACGAUAUUGAACUUGGAGCAAAUGAAAGAAUUAUUUCCUGAGCAGGACGACCAACUGACAGAACCUCAGGAAGAAAAGCCUGUCCCAAAAGACAGGAAGCAGUGUGACCCACAAGCACGUACAGUUGAAGAAAGUUGCGAGUCUGUAGCAGUGGAUUCAGAAAAAGAUGAUGUGCGUUGUUGUGCACUGGGGUGGCUCUCUAUGGUUUAUGAAGGAGUUCCUCAGUGCCAGUGUAGUUCUAGUGAGAACUCAGCCUCCAAGGAAGAAGGGAAACGGCCGUGUUCUCCCUUGGAGACCAGCAGUUACAAACAAGGACAGAGAACUGAUAGAUGUGACCCUGUUGCAUUUAAUAAGCCUCCGAGUAAUAAUCCAGAGACUCCUGUGAAUUUACCAGUUGAGAAAAAGCAUGUUCCUGAAACAGAGCAAGGCAAGAAUGUAGAAGAUAAAUCCAAAGCAAAACCUAACAGCUCCCUAAGGACAGAACAAGAGUUGUCUGGUCCACUUCUAUCCAAAGCUGAUAAGAAACUAGAUUCCUCCUUGCAGAGUCACAAAAGAAAAAAAAGACUGCAAUUUCAUGAGAUAACUUUUCACUCCACGAGCAAAAUUACAAAAUUUUCUCAAGAGGGCCUGCAGAGGAAGCUCAUGGCCCAAAGCCUACGCCCAUUAAAGCCAAAGAUGGGUUUUUUGACAAGUAAAAAUAAAGAUCUGCAUAUGAAAAAUGGCUCCCUGGUGCCAUCAGUGUCCCCAGAAAAGAGAAAAUUGAAAGCAGGUGGCUCCAAACAAAAAGUUUUGGAAAAAAGGAAGUUGGAUGAAGGGAGCAUACUUGACUCGGAGAUGAAAAGGAAGAAGAACGAUAAGCCCGAGCGGGGUAAACACGUGGGAGGCGGUUCCUUUAAAUUCCGUUCUCUUUUCUCCACCCCCAGUGAAAGAGCCAGGAUUAAAGAAAAGACGGCCCCGAACGUUACGUCCCCAGGCUCCAAGGAUAGCUCAUCGAAAAUUCAUAGAGUCCUGGCCCCGAAGGAGUAUUUAUCAAGGCAGACGCUUAUAGAAGCAGGGCCUAGCGGCAAAGCGUUAAAGAAAAGUUACGCAAAAAGCGCAACGUGUGACUCCCAGCACGUGAGGCCCGGUAAGCUUUCUGUGCGAGUUGGAAGUUGUGAGAAGUCAAACAGCAGCCUUCAGACCGCCAAAGAAUCGUUUAAUAUCUGUACCAGCCGUGGCAAAACCCUCAAAAUCCAUCAUUCCAAGGAGUCUAAAACAUACAUUUCAAGGAAUAGUAAAGGAACGGUUGGUGGAAAACAGGCUGAUAAAAUGUGGAUUGAUAAAACCAAAUUAGACAAGAAUUUAAACAAUGCAAAUAGUGACGUUGAAUUCAGCCAGAUGUCCUCCCAGGCAAAGGAUCAAAGGAAACUAUAUCUGAACAGAGUUGCAUUUAAAUGCACUGAACGUGAGCGCAUUUGUCUCACAAAAUUAGAUAAUUCACCCAGGAAGCUUAAUAAAGAGAAGAGACCAGAAGGUAAACCUAAGAGCCUUGUACCUGUGAAAGAUGCCGCGGAGAAACUGAGCAUGCUGGAGUUUAAGUUAUGUCCAGAAGGACUGUUCAGUAAGAAUACAAACCCCGUUGAAGACCAAAAGGAUCUGCAGCCUUGUCCUAGGAAGGAGCAAGCCCCUGUGCAAGUUUCAGGAAUAAAAAGUACAAAAGAAGACUGGUUAAAAUGUGUGACUGAGGAGAAAAGGAUGCCAGAAGCCAACCAAGAAAUAGAUGAUAAUGUUUUGGCUCAUUCAAGACUCGCCAAGGGAAGCUUCAGUGCGGAUGGAUUUGAGACACUACAAAACCCAGUAAAAGACUCAAAAGCAAUGUUUCAGACCUACAAAAAGAUGUACAUGGAGAAGCGAAGCAGGAGUCUUGGUAGCAGCCCGUUAGAGUAAUUCUGAGACUCAGUUCUUCUGAUGGUUCCAUAAUUGCCACCAGAAAAUCUGUCACUUUAAGUUCAGAAUGUUUUUCUGGAAAUACAAUUGCCAUGAUAAAAUUUCUCAGAGAUUUUGGUUACCACUUAGGUUAUGCAUAUCAUUGAAAUCACUUAGUUGGCUUGAGAACCUUAUUUGUGAGUAGCAGACGUAAGAAAUAGACGGUGUUUGUCAAGGAAGCCAUAAGGGAUGGAAUUUUGACGUUCUUAAACCAAGUUUACCAUUAUCUUGAAAGGCAUUUUUAUCUUAUUUUGAAAUGCUAACUAAAGGAGACCUGUUCCUCAGUUAGGGACUUGUUUAUUUCAGCUGGGACUGUAAAUAUAUUUUUGUUUCUAAAACAUGUUAGCAAAACUUAUUUUUCAAAAAUGCUGUGAAUGUUGUCAAAGUAUAUUCUUAAGUACUUUGUACCAAAUUGUAAACUUUUUGUCAGAGGUCUUGUUUUAUACUUGUUAAACUGAACACAACUUUUGCAUAAUGUUUAAACAUUACAUUUCAUACUUGAAAUAAACAUUUAUUUUUUAAAAAAUAUA